AUGAUGAACGAUAAUAAGUCUCCGAUAGAGAUUCAUCUGGCAAAGGAAAUGACAAAAGUUCCACGGACUUCUGGUACACCUACGCCGGUGGUGGGUAUAACCGGCGGCACCAAACCGCAGACUAUAUUUAUUCAUAAACUAUACGAUAUGUUGGAGGACGGUAAUAUUUCACACCUCAUAUGGUGGACAGAGAAUAGCGAAUCGUUCUGCUUGUUGCCGGGAGAAGAGUUUUCCAAGGUUUUGGCGCAGUAUUUCAAGCACACGAACAUCGCAUCGUUCAUCAGACAGUUGAACAUGUACGGUUUCCACAAGGUGAACGAUGCGGGACAGAAUGAGAACGGGGGCGACAAUAACGUUGCCAGAUGGGAAUUCCGCCAUCUGGCGAACCAUUUUCGCAAAGGGGACAUCGAGAGCUUGAAGUUGAUCAAACGCAGAUCAUCGAAGAACGUAACCCACACGAGAGACGCGGCUAAGACGGCUGGGGGCACCGAGGACGAUAUACAUGAAGCGGUGAACGAAGGCGACGCUAAAGGGAUACAUACGAGCGACCAGCACGAUCUGAAGGCUCACGAGCAACAGCAGCACUACCAUCAAACGUUGCAGCUCCAACAGCAGGACCAGAUGCCACAGCCACCAAGUACCGUACAACACCACCAUCUUGCACAAAUAGACGGGGCCCCGUCACCCAGCGUGCAACCAUCGCUCCCGAAACUGCCGCGGCGAUAUAAGCUGUCCGGCGACCUAUCGCUAGAGACCCGUUUAAAUGAGGUCACUACCAGUUUGGUUACGCUAGGACACGAACACCACCAGUUGCAAACACAGUUUAACUUGGUGUUCAACGAACAGAAGAAAAGCCAAUUUGAUUUAAUCCAAUUGGUAGAGAUCAUGCAGCGCCAUGCUGUGAAGAGUGAAGACGAUAAGAAAUUAGAUUACGAAUUAACAAAUUUUAAACAAGUCUUAUUAAAUAAAUUCAACAACUUGCAUAUGCUUUUUUCCCAAGCACAAGGCCACCCAGCGCCAACCAUACAUCCACAACAUCUGUCGGAUGCUCAUCCCUCGAUGAAGCCUCAAUAUAAUUCAUCCCAUUUGCAUUACUCAUACAACCAGCCCAGUGCUGAUUCCAAUACCGACUCGUCCAAUAUUGAAACCCAAAAAUCAUCGAAAAAUGGCUCCAAACAGCCCGUUCCUGACGGCACUAUGGCCAAGGAUGCGCAACCUCCAUAUACAUACCCAGAGAAGUUUUUGGACAAAAAUAACGUCCCGACUUCUUUACAUUCACCCCAUACAUCUGAAGUGAGAAGAGGCUAUCAGCAGUAUCCAUUUCCCAAUAUGAACUCUGACCCACGGGCGAGUGCGCCUUCGACGCCUGACCUAUUCGGUCAUUCUGUGCCCCAAAGAGUCCCAUUACCAUCCACCAACACGUACGAGCAACGCCCACAAUCAAUCCCUACUCCAAACUCGUCGCUAUCGUUAUCGCGACUGGCGUUAUCGAAUUCCUCGGCCUCGUCAGGAUCGUCGUUCUCGAGUAACACAUCGCUAGAAACACCUCCCAAGUUGGUUCCAUUGCCCUCAGUAUCUGAAUUAGAUAAGCUGAUAAAGAACGGUGGUGGUGGAUUGCCCCUUUAUAGAAUGCUCAAUUCGUAUGGACCCUUGAAGAGAAAAAAUUCUACAGAGGACGAAACCCGGAAAAGGCAAGCUUAG